CACAAGUUUCAUUGUAUCAUAAGAGGGGCUGCUCAGUUGUUUAUUCAUGUUCGAUGUUGUGUAGCUAUCAGAUUUGUUUCCCUUGAAAUGUUGAACCUACUCCUACUGAUGACGUUGUUGAAUGUGUACCGUGUGGGGGGACAGUCCAGUCCCCAGCUCAACUUUCACUUUGUGGCUCCCAUGCCUGGUCGCUCCCCCGAGACACACGACGUGCACAUGGAGGAGGAGCUUGACACACUACUGUACGGCCUAAUGUGCAAGUCUUCGGGCAACAGCUUCACCGUCCGCAUCAGCUUGAGCUUAAGCUCCACGGACCUCAUCGACGAGCAGCUGGGCUUAAAGAACAGCAGCAAGGGAGCUAAGUUCUGCAUGUUCUCCAAGGAACACAACCCCGUCAAGUGCUCCUACCCCAGCUUCUGCACAGUCGGCAACAACUGUGUGGCCACGCUGAAAUCCGUCUGUCCCAAGCGAGGCUCGAUCUCCAGGUGGCUCAACACGGAAAUGGUGGACGUCAAGAUAGACCAGGUCGGCGGGGAGAUCAAGGUGGUCAGCUGCUACGCCAGGUGUGAGCCGGCGGAGGAGGAGAUGGAGUUGGAUGUAAACCCGAAGCAGAGCGUGUCGUACCUGGCCAUGGGGUUUAUAGUGGCCGGGGUCAUUCUGGCUGCGUCGCUGUUGGUUAUUGGGGUGGUGGUGUGGAAGAUCAAGAACACGAAGCUUCUGGACCCGGAGCGACAGAAGAAUCACCAUGUCGAGUUUGUCAAGUAAACUCCAGACUGUUCUAAGAGAGAAACUAUCCACAUCA